AUUCCAUGCUCUUUCUGCUUCUUUCUCCAAUUACCAUAUUUCCACUUCGUUUCUUCCGUUAAAAAAAGAAACAAUGGUUCUCUCUACUCCACCAGUCUCAUCUCCUCCCUCCACUUCCUUCUCUCUCUAAAAGGUCCCCCUUUUUUUACCUGAAAACCCAUACCCAACACAAUGAUCCGACCCGUUUCCCUCCUCCUCUUUCUUUCCCUCUUACUUCUCGUCCUCUCUCCCUCUCUUACCACUUCUGAUUCCCACUUCGAAGGUUUCGAAGCUGAAGAAGACGACGUCGUUGAAGAAGAAGCCUUAAACCCCGAUUCUUUCAAACAGUCCGAUCUUCCCUUAACGACGUCGUCUCCUUCUGCAGAUCCCAUAUCGGAAACCCCCAACUCUAAUCCGGAUCCGGAAUCGGAUCUCUCGAAACCCUCGACAUCAACAACAACCACUUUUGAUUACUGGGAUGAAGAUGAAUUCGAAGGUCUACCCAUUAAUCAAUCACCCCCAGAAACCCCAAAAGUUACAGAGCCUGCCACUGAUAAGAACCAAAGUGCAGAUCCAAUAGUUUCACAAAUUGCUACAAAGAAACAAUCGUAUAUGAUAGAGAUUGUGUGUAUUUCUUUCUUGAUUUGUUUCAUCAUCAAUUAUUUCACCGGCAAACGCGAGAAUGAGAACAUAGCAUUAUCAUGGGCGGCGAAAUUCGCGACGAAAGAUUCGAUUUUUGAGAAGAAUUUUAGUCUACUUGGAGUAGGAGAUAAAGACGAUUCGCCGUUGUUGUUAAAAGAAGGGCAAAAUGUGUUCAAAUUCUAUGCGAGUGGGAGGAGAUAUUGUCAAGGGUUAUUAGCUACAAUCGAGUUAAAAAGUAGGCAUGAUUUGAUUUCUAGAGUUUAUAAUAUGAUUGUUCCUUGUAAGGACGAGAUUAGUUUCGAAGUGUAUAUGAAUGAUGAUGCUAUGGAUCAUGUGGUUUUUGCCGUUGCCAAAAAGAAGGCAGCUAAAGGAAUGCAGAAAGAGAUUAGGGAUUUGCAGAGGUUCGCGGGGAUUGUGGCCCAGCCUCCUAGUGGGAGAAAAUGGGUGCCUGAUGAAUUGGCGGUUAUUACAGAAUCGAAGGAGGUUGCUAGUGAUCUAAUCACUGAAGCUGUGCUUGAACAGGUUUUUGGUGAAAAAGCUUUUGAGAAACAUGGCAAGGGUUUCAUCUCCAUGCAUUUUUCUGAUCAACACCCUGGAACACACAAGAAGAUGCUACUGUUCAAGUUUGCACUCCCCGAUGCUAACAACAUGACUGAUAUGACCCGAUUGGUGGCACUGGUUCCUUAUUACAUUGAUCUAAUUGGACGCUACAAGUUGAGUUCCCAGGCUCGGUCUAAAACAGAUGCCGCCAGAUCGAAAGCUGCCCAAGAAGCAUACAAAGAACUUCAAAAUGCAAGGCAAGAAGCAUUGCAGAGAAAGAAGGCAGAGAGAAGAAAGAUGCUAGAGGAGGCCGAAGCAAAGCUUAGUGCAGAGGCUAUUCGCAAAAGAGAAGCAAAAGAGCGUGCUCGACAGAUGAAAAAGGCAAUGCCAAAAGUAAAAAUGACCCGGGCGCACUAGAUUUGAGAUCCCCCGAAGUGGGAAUUCUGGAACUCUCCUGGUGCUACAAUCGCACCUUAAAUCAUACUACAUGGUACUUGUGUUUCUUUGCCUUACAUAGUUUUUCUUGAUUUCAUGCGCUCAAACAGUAGUGUAUUUUUAGCAAUUAUUCCAAUUAAUCUAGCUAGUCUACAAACCUUACCCCCCAUCUUUAAGGGUUUUUGAAUGUACGGAAAUGUGACACAUAUUGACUUGCUUUCUGAGCAGCUUGGAUCCUUCUUUUCGUUAUAAUAACCAAAUCUUUUGCUUUGGUAUGAAA